AUGGAAGACUCAAGUCGAAGCCAAGACAAUGUCAGCGACAAUACGCAAACCAUAACAUCCGAGAAUACUCCCUCGGAGCUUGACCAGCGGUCGCGAAGCGCGUCUUCGGACGCAUCCGAUCUGGAUGCUCUUGACGCCGAGUUCAAUGAGGCUGAGAAAGCCGCCGCUGAGAAGGAGCCCGACGAGACUGUCGCCGAUGCCGAUGAACUCGCUCCAAAAGGCGCCAUCUGCGAGGUAAAGGAGAUCUUUGACACCAAGACUAGCAACUGCGGCUGUUGUACGGAAUGGGUCGACGAGAAGCCAGAGCGAGACCGGAAUGAAAAGAACCAAGCCGCAGAGGACCGGCGGGCUCAAUUCUCCGUCAUACGCCGAAUGACACCCCACGGUGGCGGAUGGAAAACACACUCAAUACUCAUCAACAGCCACAGAAUACAGUCGUCUUUGGCGAAGGUUUUCGAGGGAUACCCCGUGACUUAUGCUGACGACCACGACCUUGAACUGUCUCCCAAAUUUAUCCCCUUCUGCCACCGCUGGGACAAGCUUCUCGAGGUGGAGCGGGACGAGCCUGAGGCCGAGACCAAGAAUCAUUUGACCCUCUUGCGGUCCACUCUGGAGAUUGACCUUGCGGAUAGUCUUAAGCGGCGUGAUCUCGUCGCUCGCACGGGAUUCGCGACUUUCCACGACUUGGAGCUCUUGUUUGAGCCCGGACAGAUUGUGAUUCACAGGGAUGACAACGGUAUCUUGAGUGCGGGCGUAGUUGGGGAUGUGACUCUGGAGGGGCCGUCUUUUGACCAGUCUGAGUCUUACUUGGUGAAAGUUGACAUUACCGCUUGGAACGGCGAGCGGUUUGGCGUGGCCGAAAGAGAGUGGCGGCUGGUUGAGUUCAGCGGGACCAGGAAAGUCCAUAGCCUGAACAUUUGCCCAUUGCACAUGCACCCAGAUCACGAGAAGAUCUCCAGAGAGCUGAUAGAGAGAGGCAAAAAGUACGAGAGUCUUCGUGGUCAACAUUUUUUAGCUUAUGCCGGAAAGGCAGGAUCGAAGGAUGAGAGUCUUCUUGAUCAGCAUUUCUUAGCUUAUGCUGGAAAGCCAGGAUCGAAAUAUAUCAGGGACCGCGUCAUAAUUGACGAAUACGGUUACUGGGACCUCAAUAAUUAUUACCUGCCCAGCCUCAAGCCCUUUGGCAAGUCAACCGAGGCUGCCGUCAUUCGGGACGGGGGCGAUCGUGCCAGUAGCGAAAACAGUACGGAAAUCGCGGCUGAUACCGAGGAUACCUAUCCGUCACAGGCCGGAAGCGCUGAUCACAAUCCUCUGACAAAUGACCAGCUUCUUCUGGCUUCCUCGUGCAUCACUGGUUUCGCGCUCAAAAAUAAGAAGUUUUACGAUUUGGCCGUCGACCACAUCCUAGAGAUCGACUGGAUACCCGACCUGAUGUCGAGACUGGUUCUCGAUCAAGAUAUCAAGGACCUCAUUCUUGCACUACUCGACUACAAGACCACUCAAGCUACGGAUGAUAGGGAGAUUUUCGAUGACUUUGUUCCCGGGAAGGGCAAAGGCAUUGUGAUGCUACUAUGCGCCCCCCCAGGAGUUGGGAAGACACUCGCAGCAGAAGCAGUCUCAGAGCAUCUGAAGAGUCCCCUCUAUCGAGUCAACAUGCAGGAUCUCGGUAGUGAGGCAUCAACCGUGGAAGGACGGCUGCAGACCGCUCUGGAAAGAUGUUCUCGCUGGAACGCGGUCCUGCUUCUAGACGAGGCGGACGUCUUCCUCGAACAGCGGACUCUUGACAGUCUGCAGAGGAACGAGCUCGUAUCAGUCUUUCUCCGCACGCUCGAAUACUACGAAGGCGCCAUGAUCCUCACCACGAACCGGGCAGCAUCGCUGGACCCUGCGUUCGAGUCGCGCAUUGACAUGACGCUCGUAUUUGAGGAUCUCACCAAGGAUGCCCGGAGACAGAUCUGGGACGGCUUCUUAAGGGAGUCAAAGACCCCGACCCAAUUGAGCGAUGAGGACUUGGACCGGCUAGCCGACUGGCAGCUGAACGGACGCCAGAUCAAGAGCGCCGUAAAAACAGCGUCCAUUUUUGCAUCCAAGCAGGGCGGGCCGAUGACGAUGAAGCAUCUGGAUGUGGUCAUUACGCUGAGAAACAGCUCUGGGGCGCUGCUUGGGUCAGCAAAGACAACAUAA